CAUGGCAAUCAUGUCUAAAAUAUAAUGCUACAAAUACAUACAUGUGAAUGUGUCAAAAAAAUGUAACGGGAAAAUUUGUCAAUUUAAGUGAAAAAAGACGUGCACAAAAAUUUGUUAAAUGUGAAAAAAAUUUAUUUUGUACUUAUAAGCACAAAGUGAGAAAUGGAAAAGAAUAGAAGACAAUUUUAUAACUCCUGGAUGAAAGAAGACUGGACAAAAGGCUGGCUUGUUCCUAUCGAGCAGGCACCUGAAUGGAGCCAUAGUGGACCAUCUCAUGGAGCGUGGUGCAAGGUUUGUAAAGUUGGACUGCAGUGCCAAAAAAAAGAUGUAAAAAAACACGGACUGACAGAAAAACAUAGGAUAAAUUUAAAUUCGUUGAAGCCAUCAAAUACAAUUGAAAAUUAUGGUAUAUUAAAAACAUCAAAAGAAAGUAAGAUUUUUGAAAUAAGAUUGGCAAUGUAUAUAUCUACGCACACAAGCAUAAUAUCCGUCGACCAUUUAUGUGAUCUAUUUCCCAAAACACUACAAAUUAAUAACAAAUCACUUACGUUAAAAAUGCAUCGAACCAAAUGUUCGGCUUUAAUUAAGUAUGUUAUUGCGCCAACACUACUAGAAGAAUUGUUAUUAAAUGUUGGUAAUGGAAAAUAUUCUUUAAUAGUUGAUGAAUCAACUGAUAUAUCUAGAGUAAAGUGGAUGGCAAUUUGUAUACGUUAUUUUAAUCAAAAGGAAGUCAAAAUAAUGACAGAAUUUUUAGGAAUUUUGGUUGUGGAGGAGGCAACAGCAGUUGCGUUAUAUGAAAGUCUCCGAGAAUUUUUAAAAAGAAAUAAGCUAAGCAUAAGUAAUUUAGUUGCUAUUGGUACCGAUGGGGCUAACAAUAUGUGUGGGUCCAGGAAUUCACUUUACUCCCUUCUAAAGAAAGAAAAUUCGUCAGUCAAAUUGGUCAAAUGUAUUUGUCAUUCUUUAAAUUUGUGUAGCUCUGAAGCAGCCAAAUCAAUUCCCAAUUCUGUGGAAUUUCUCGUUAAAGAAACGUACAAUUACUUUUCAAACUCUCCAUUGCGGACACUUAAGUAUAAAAAAAUUUUUGAUUUAAUUAAUUUGGGUGUAGACUCAAAUAAGUUUUACAAACUAGUACAAAUUUCAAAUACAAGAUGGCUAUCAUAUGGAAAAGCAGUUAAAAGGGUAUUGGAGCAGUGGCUUGAGUUGCAAUAUCAUUUCAACAUUAUAGCAACUAAUGAUAACGAGAAAAUGGCACAACAUAUAUCAUUUGAAUUACAAAACAACACAAAUAUAUUGUAUUUACUAUUUUUAUAUCCAAUAUUAAGUGAAGUGAAUUCUGUCAAUUUAUUAUUUCAAGGAGAAAACAUUGACUUGUAUUCCGGUUAUGAGCACUUAGUGUUGCUUUUUAUGUCAAUUUGUUCCAAAAUUAUUAAACCUGAAUUUAUUGAAAACUGUGCCGAUAAAAUGUACAUUAUAAUAAAUAAUGAAGAUUGUUAUUUAGAUGUUGACGAUAUUGAAGUUGGAAUAGAAUGUUCAGAAGAAUUGAAAUAUCUCCCGCUAUCGGACGUUAUUGAAUUUAAAAAAAAACUGCUUUCGUUAUUUAAAAAUAUUGGCAAUGGAAAUGAUUAAGAGAUUUCCUGAAAAUAUAAAAAAUUUGGAACAUUUUAGAAAUUUACAGUUUAAAAAUAUUAAAAACAAAUUUGAAUCCGUAUAUGGCAUUUUGAAAAAUUCUAUGGAUGAUGAAAUUGCAAUAAAUACAUAUGAAAACCAAUGGAAUAAAUUACAACAUAUUGACUUGCAAAAACACACAAACAACAAUAUACCUAAGGACAUUUUUGGGUUUUGGGCAAAAAAUGUUGGAAUCAUUAAUACGAAUCAAAUCUUAUUUAAACAAUUACAAUAUAUGUUGCUAUAAAUUUGAAGUUCCUGAAUCUAUGGUAAAAAGGUUUAAUUCAGAUAAUAUGUAUAAACAACAACCAAUUGAAGAAAACGACGAUGAACUUGAGGCAUAUAAUAUAUUGACAUUCUGAAAUGGCUUUAAUUUCAGGAAAUAUAUUUCAAGAUGAUCUCAUUUAAGGGAUUUUUACAUUAUAUAUUUAAUUUUGAUGUAGAGAUAUCAAAGUAAUCCUUGACCAAUAAAAUAUUUGCAAUUUUCUUGCUUAACCGUCAUAAAAAAAAUUAUAUUUGUUCAAUUAACAAUCGGUGUCGUAGAGUUGUAUUAAAUGUGGUAUUUUUCCAUAUAUAUACAGUUUUGUUUUCAAAAGAAAACAAUUAUAAAAAAAAUUAUAAUUAAAUUAUAGGUUUUCUGUCAAUUCAAACUCAUUCAAACCCAAAUUCGUACUUUUUGGUAAACUAUUUAAAGCAAGAAAAAUAAAUGUAAAAAUGUAGCCAAAAAACUACAUAA